AUGGUGGCCAGUCUGCUGGAGACCAUCCUGAUCACAGAUUUACUACACAGCUCCACACGCCUCUCCCCUGUGCCCCGCUGGCUCCGAGUCCUUGUUCUACAAGUCUUUGGCUGCAUUGUCUGCCUCCCAUGGAAACCCACAAAGGAAAACAACACAGAUGUACCUCUCACUUCAGUGGGGCAGGCCGUCAGACCUCCAAACGCACGCGUAGCGAUGACUGUAGCCCCUGGAGGAAAGGGGGAGCUGUCGGAGGACAUGGCCUUGCAGCAGCUGAGGAGCCUGGGUGAAGACGUUCAGGCCCUGAGGCUCCACGUGGACCAGCAGAUGGGGGAGAGUCCGACCUCCCAGGAGUGGGUCCAGGUGGGUUUCGUCAUAGACCGCCUGCUCUUCGGCCUCUACAUCCUCUUCAUCUCAGUCAGUUUUGUCACCAUCAUCAUAAUCUGGUGCCAGCAGCAGAACAUCAAGUGCUCUAGAGUUCUGUUCAGCAUCAUCAUACUCUUUCUAUGUGUGAAUGGAGAGGCGGUCAUGUUGAACUGCUCCUCUCCGGACCCCCCGGCUCUUCUGAGCGCGUUGACUCCGGUUUUCCAACUCAGCAGCAUCAGACCAGUGGCGAACCUCUCCACGCCGACGAAUGUCACUGUUGAAUUCAUCAUGUUUGGGAUCUUGGGAGUGGUGUGGCAAAAUGAGUUUGUGAAGUGGGACCCUGAGCAGUGUGGCUCCAGCAGGAUAACUAUCCCAAGGAAGAAGCUGUGGGUGCCAGAUAUAGUCAUGAAUGAAUUCAUGGAGGAGAACACAGCCCCCUCUGUGCCGUACGUGUAUUUAUACAGUGAUGGGACAGUGGUGGAUGAUCAGCCGGUGAAGGUGGUCAGCUCCUGUCGCCUGGACAUCUACUUGUUCCCCUUCGACACACAGAACUGCAGCUUCAGCUUCAACUCGUACAUUCUUAUGACUUCAGAUUUGGACAUCAACAGCAUGUGGGAGGAUGAUCUGAGGUUCAACGUCUCAAAAGAUGUAAUGACCACAAUGGGCGAGUGGAACCUGGUCGGGCUGAGUGUGAGGAAACUAGAACUUCCAUCUGGCGAUGGAACUACGUACUUCGAGCUUCGUUAUCAAGUGGUCGUGCAGCGCAGUCCCACCAUGUACGUGGUGAACCUGCUCCUCCCCAGCUGCCUCCUGAUCGGGGUGGAUCUCUUCAGCUUCCUCCUGCCUCCUCAGAGCGUGGACCGGUCACAGUUUAAGGUGACGCUCAUUUUGGGCUACACCAUGUUUCUGCUCAUCAUGAACAACUUGCUGCCCGUCACCGGGGACACCAUACCUCUGAUGAACGUGUUCUUGUGUAUGUGCCUGGUCCUGAUGGUGGGCAGUUUACUGGAGACAAUCAUCAUCACAAACCUCCUGUGUGGUCUGGCCAAAGACUGCCCAGUGCCCUGGAUUCUCCGACUCAUCAUUCUGAAGUUUUUGGGACCUCUUGUGUUUCUUCCGCCAAAGGCUAAAAAGAAAGAAAGCACCAUAAUUGAAAAUCCUGCUGUACAUGGAGCCGUGGCUUUGGGCAGCAGUGCAGAGCAGGCGCCCCCCAGCAGGACAGUGGAGGCCCUGCAGUGUGUGGGCAGAGAAGUACACCUGAUCCGCCAGCAGGUGGAGCAGCAGCGCAGCAGCAGUGAGGUCUCGGAGGAGUGGUUUCAGAUGGGCUACAUCACAGACCGCGUCAUCUUCGUCACAUACGUCAUCUUCAUAUCAGUCAGCUUUAUCACCAUCGUCACCAUGUGGUCCCGGUCCCCAUGA